UUCGCCGCCUCCAUCCCGGUUCUCCUUCUCCCCGCAGGUGGUGCCGCCGGGCGGCCGGAGCCCGGACUCGUCCCUCCGCGGCGUCCAUCUGCCGCCGCUGCCCGGCCCGGAGAGCGCGCGGGCCUCCGGGAGCCGCCGCGCACAGGUAGGGAGCCCGAGGGAGGCGGGGCCGGACGUCUUCCCGCGCCGCGUGGGGGCCGCCCUGUGCCGGUGCGGCUGUGGGGAGCGGGGCGGCAGCCGCCCGCGGGCUGAGCGCUGCCCUCGCUGCUGCGUGCGGCGCGAGCGGCGAGGACCGCGCUCACUCGGCCUUCCUCCUCGGCUUCUCUUGCAGGCGGGCGGGCGGCAGUUCCUGGAGUCGGCGACCGGCGGCGGUGCCAGUGGCCAAAGCAGACAGCCUCAGCCACUCUUGCUGCCUCGCUUAAGGCGGGCGGGGCUGCCGGCAGCAGCACCCAGGCGUGCAGCAGCAGCUUCUGGGGUCUGCAAGCUGCCUGCUCUGCCAGCGGCAGCCUCUUCCACACCAUCUCCAAGAGGCACAGCACGUGCUGUGGGCAUUAGAGGUGGCAGACUCCCAGUACUUGCCCCGAGACCUCCGGGAACCUUGCAUGUCCAGGACAGGACAGCAGGGGCUGAGGGCGGGGUUCCAGCUCUGGAAGUCUCAACUAUUCUCACGCCUUGGUAUGCCAUACCCAGGCAAAACUACAGGAUGUCCCUGGGCUGUGCUGCAGCUGCAAGCCCAGGAGUUGGAGUGCAGCUGGCAGUACCAGGGCGGCAAGCACCUACCAGCAGCCUGAGAACACCAGCAGGAACGGCCCAGGGACUGACCACCAAGGCUGGGAAGAUCCACACAGCUUGGAGAGAUGCUCAGGAGGGCAGCAGAGACACUCGUGCUGCCACUACACCAUCUUCCAGAGCAGCUCAGAAGGGCCUAGAAGAGCAGGCAGGCAGCAAAAGGCGAGGCAAGAAGUAUCUGCCUGCAUUAGUGCCUGAAGAUGCAGACAACUUAGAUUCUCUCAAGGUUGCACACUCUCCAGAGAAGGCUGAUGAUGCACCAUUCUUCCGAAGAGUGUGUGAAGGGGGAGAAAGAAACAUAACUGCCACCUCCAUGCCUGAAGUCUCCAGACAAGCUCUGGGAGCAGCACUGAGACUGCAAGAUCCCAGAGGGGUCAACCAGGAGGCCUAUGGAUGUUCUCUAGUACAUCGAGCAAUCCGGAGAAUUCGGGAUGAGGCAAGGAGGGAGCAGAUGUUGUCCACCUGGAACAUCUCCUGGCCAAACGUGAGCAUGCUCAGGCUGCUAAAACUUGAAGCAGCACAUGCCAGUGCCAGUGCUACUGACAGUGCUCAGGGUAUGCUGGACACCCGCGCCACAACAUCGAUGGUAGAGAGCCCCAUUCCUGUACCAGGAGAGUUCAUAUCCUGGGAUGCUGGAGUGCAGGAUGAACCGCAUGAUUCAGAAGAGAUUGCUGAGACAGAAACUGCGGGACAGUCAUCUGGUGACCUGCAGAGUGCAUGUCUUGCUCCAUCUGAUGAGGCAGAAACAGUGCGUUCAGCUUCUCUUCCGGAUGCAGGUCCUGGGCUUAGAGGACACCUUGAGCCAUUGCCCACAUCUGUGCUUGAAGAUGUAGAAAACUCAGAUUCUUUUGAGACUGCGCACUAUCCAGAGGUGGCCAGUGCAGCACCACUCCUCAUGUCAGCAUGUGAGGAAAGAGAAGAAACAGUGAUGGCUGUGCUGGAACUGUCCAAACAAGCUCUGGGGGAAACAUCAAAACUGCAAGAUGCCAGAGAGAUCUAUGAGGUGACCUAUGGAUAUUCUCCAAUUUUCCCAGCAAUUUUCCCAGAAACUGCAGGACAGUCAUCUGGUAACCUGCAGAGUGCAUGUGUUGCCCAGUCUGAUGAGGCAGAAACAGCACAUUCAGCUUCUCUUCUGGAUGCAGGUGCUGAGCCUGCAGGACAGCUUGAGCCAUUGCCUGCAUCAGAUCCUCAAGAUGUGGAAAACUCAGACUGUUUCACAGCAGCACACUCUCUGGAGGUGGCCAAUGAAGCACCCUUCUUCCUGCCACUGAGUGAGGGAGAAGAAAGAGAAGAACCAGCUAUGGCCAUGUCUGAGUCCUCCAGACAAGGUCUGGGAGAAACAUGGAGAUUGCAAGAUCCUAGAGAGAUCUACUGGAAGUCUUAUGGAUGUCCUCCAGUUCACCCAGCAAUCCUCAGAAUCCGUGAUGAGGCAAGGAGGGAGAAGAUGUUGUCCAGUAGGAACAUGUCUGAGCCAUACAGUCUGAGCAGCCCCAGGCUUCUCGUGCUCCAAGCAGCAGAUGACGGGGCCAGUGCUGCUGACACUGUUUGUGGCAUGCUGAACAUCUGCACCACAACAUCGAGGGCAGAUGGCCACUUUCCUGCCUCUUGUGAUUCCCAUAGUCGGCAUAUUAGAAUUAAGUAUGCACCGGGAGAGUCCACUGACAAUGCUGCCAGUGAUGCCAGCACCAAUCACAGCAUGCUGGAUGCCAGGGACACUGGAGUGAGGACUGACAGCAUGGCCACACCCUCCUUUUUUUCCUUUGAUUCUGUGGAGGGUGUGGAAGAGGAAUGGGAAGACAACCGUGAGGAAGAAGCUGCUGAAGCAGCUAGUGUGCCACCAAGCAUUUCUCAUUCCUCAUCUGGUGAGAUGAAGACAGCAGCGGCUCACCGCUGGAUGCCAGCUGUCAUCAGGAGUGUGUUCCGGGUUCUGCGCAGGGCUUCCAUUUGCAGCUGCAUCAGUGGACAGCAAGAGGAGACGUACGAGGCUGCAAACACCAGGCAGCUCCCCAGAGAUGUCUGAUUCCAUCCUGUCAAUGUAGAAUUCUGCAGGACACCUUGAGCCUUUGCCUGCAUCAGUUCCUCAAGAUGCAGAAAACUCAGGAGACAGUGCACUCUCCGGAGGUGGCCAGUGAAGCACCCUUCUUCCUGUCAUUGUGUGAGGGAGGAGAAAGAGAAGAAUCAGCUAUGGCCAUGCCUGAGUCCUCCGGACAAGGUCUGGGAGAAACAUGGAGAUUGCAAGAUCCCAGAGAGAUCAACAGGGAGGCCUAUGGGUACUCUCCUAUGAUCUCAGGAAUCCGUAGAAUUCGUGACAAGGAUAGAAAUGAGCAGAUGUUUUAACACUGGAAAUAUUUCCUGGCCAAGGAAUGUGAGAAGCCCCAAGCAACGAAGGCUCUAGGCAAGAAGUGAUGCAAUCAAUAAUGUUGGCAUUGUUCAGGGCAUGCCAGGCAUCUGGCCCACAACAUCAUGGGCUGAGGACCGGUUUCCUGCCUCUGAUGACUCCUGAAUGUGGGCUGUUCAACUGCCAGUUGUGCAGGAAGACACCACUGAUGACAGCAGCGGUGCUGCCAGCACAGUUCAGGACAUGCUGGGUGCCAAUGAUACUGCAGUGACAGAUGAGGGCAUGCACCCACCCUCCUGUCUUUGCCCUUUAAUGCUGGAGGAUGUGAAAGAAGAAUGGAAUUGUGACUCUGAGGAAGAUGCUGCUGCAGAGGCAGUUAGCAUCACUCCCAGCACAUCUGAUGCUUUUUGUGAUGAGAUGGAGGCCAUGCUUUCAGCUUACCCUGUGGCCGCAGAUCCCAGGCCUGAGGGGCACGUAUUAGCAUGUAAGGGAGCAGAAGAUGUGGGCCCUCUGCAUGAGAUAAGCAAGGUUUCUGCAGAGGCCAGAGGAGAUGCACAAAAUUGUGCUUCAGAGAUGCACUGGAUGAUGGCCCAGGUACCACUGCCUCACCACACGCAGAAGCCUGCCACCGGAUGCCAGCUGUCAUCAGGAGUGUGCUCCGGGCUCUGCGCAGGGUUUGCACCUGCAGCUGCAUCAGGGGACAGCGAGAGGAGAGGCAUGAGGCUGCAAACACCAGGCAGCUCCCCAGAGAAUCAUAGAAUCACUCACGUUGGAAAAGACCUUAAAGAUCAUCAAAUCCGACCAUGACCAUACUACCCUAACUGAUUCCAUCCUGUCAAUGUAGAAUUCUGAUUAAAUGUUAUCUUUAUUCUAUCCUGGCUGAGUGCUGUCUCAUCUGUGCACUCAUGUGUGUUUGGUCUCUGAGUGCAGCUACUGAAGUCAGAGCACAGGGCAAUGGAUCCCUGUGUCAGUGGUGCCAGCAAGUGCAGAAAUCACUCUGCGUACAAGGCAGAGUGAUUUCUGGCUAGCAAAGGACAAGCACGCUGAGCCAGUGUGUGUGAGAGGUGGUCUGCAGUGAAGGGCAGGAGUAGUUCCAUAUGGGGCAGCCCUGGUGGGAGGGUGCUGGUUUGUAGGGGUGAGAGCACAGCCAGGCAUCUACCUAGAAUAGACCAGGAGUGUCCUGGCUGGAUUGGUGCUAGUGCCUGCU